UAUCCGGAUGUUACCAAAACAAACGCGGAAAUAGAUUUUUAACAAGGCGAUGUUAGAGAAAAAAUGCUAUAAACAGUUGAAAUAAGUGAAGAAAACUACUUAUUUAAUUAAUAUCUCUAAGUAAAAAUAUAUAAAAUAAUGUCAAACUGUUUCAUAUGCGGAAUUGUAUUGUAAAUGCUGUGAGCUAGUGUAUCUUUUUACGGACAUCGUAUGUGCGGACAUAAGCCAUCCGGAUGUUAGCAAUAAAAAACACGCGGAAAUAGAUUAUUGACAAGUCGAUGUUAGAGAACAAAUGCUAUAAACAGUUAAAAUAAGUCAAGAAAACUACUUAUCUAAUAAAUAUCUCUAAGUAAAAAUAUAAAAAAUAAUGUCAAACUGUUUCAUAUGCGGCAUUGUAUUGUAAAUGCAGUAAGCUAAUGUAUCUUUUUACUGUUGAGAUUUAUUCUAAAUGCGAAGUAUUUCAUCUAGGGUACAUGCAACAUUGACCAAGCGAGCAUGAGUAGCAUGUCUAUUCGUAGUAUCGGCACUCUUAUUGAAAACAUUCGAAUUUUGGAAGUGAACAAUUUUUAAAUACAAAAACAAGCGUGUGUUUUAUGUCGAUAUAUUGUAUAUUGGACAUAACAACGAAAACUGCAUUUUUAAUGCAUUUAUAAUGACACAGGUUUUAAACAUAAAAAAUGAAAAUUUUGAUUAUUUUAAAGAUUUUAUUGACUUCUUAAAGCUGCAUAUUGGAGUGAUGGUAAUGUAAGAGAGACAGACACCAUGGCCAGACACUUAAAUGACCUGCCAAGGUGGAUAUUCAUUGCUGUAUGGAUACUUGGAAACGUAGCCAUGUUCAUCUAUACUUACUUCAAGUAUGCUAAUAGUAAGGAGUUCUUCUACUUGAAAAAGAUUUUGGGGGACUCACUGCCAUGGGCCCGGGCAAGUGCUGCCUGCCUAAACCUCAACUGUAUGAUGGUGCUGUUCCCUGUGUGUAGGAACCUCAUGUCCUUUCUCAGGGGAUCAUUGAAGCAUUGCUGCACUAAAACAGUUCGGAGGCAGUUGGAUAAGCAUAUAACAUUUCACAAGUACAUCGCCUACAUGAUUUGUCUUCACACGGCUAUCCACAUAGGUGCCCAUGUGUUCAAUGUGGAGCGCAUGUUUGUAGCCCACAAUGUGUCGAAUGGUCUGAUGUCUGCCCUCAGUAACCUGGAUGACAUGAACGCAGGCCAGACAGCAGUCAACCCUGUCAGGGACGCCUCACAGGAUCCUACCCUGUUUGGUGUGAAGACUCUUGCAGGGAUUAGUGGACUUGUGGCUACGAUUGCUCUUAUUCUGAUCCUCAGCUCUUCCACUGAAAUUAUAAGGAGGUCAUAUUUCGAAGUAUUCUGGUUUACCCACCACUUGUUUGUAAUCUUCUUCAUAGGAAUUAUUAUCCAUGGCAUAGGAAGGCUGGUACGCAGACAGACAAAUGUGGCAGACCAUGACCCGGAGUACUGUGUCAGCCGCUAUGAUCUGUGGGGCUCCACCCAGGAGAUACGCUGUCCCCUACCCCAGUUUGCUGGUAGCCCACCAGCUACCUGGCAGUGGGUGGUGGGUCCCUUGGCUCUCUACCUCCUAGAAAGACUGGUACGCUUCAUACGGUCUCGACAGCAGGUUGUCAUCACCAAGGUGGUGAAGCACCCAUCCAACGUGUUUGAGCUGCAGAUGAAGAAGAAGGGGUUCACCAUGGCCCCCGGACAGUACAUCUUCCUACACUGCCCCAAACUGUCCUACUUGGAGUGGCAUCCUUUCACCCUCACAUCGGCCCCUGAGGAUGAUUAUUUCUCUGUACAUGUGCGGCGGGUCGGUAACUGGACCAACGCUCUUGCCAAGGAGUGUCACGUAGAUGAAAUUGAGUUCAAAGAGGCAUGGAAGCUGCCAAGGGUGGCAGUUGACGGCCCAUUUGGUACAGCCACUGAGGACAUCUUCUCAUAUGAGGUGGACGUAUUUGUAGCUGCAGGUAUAGGAGUGACGCCAUUUGCUUCAGUGCUCAAGCACGUCUGGUCCAGGAAGCAGGAGGGAGACUCGAAGCUGAAGCACGUGUAUUUCUACUGGAUCUGCGCGGAGAUGAAUGCCUUUGAGUGGAUGCAUGACCUGCUGCGUUUCUAUGACAAGCAGAUGGUGGACGCAGACCACAGAGACUUUCUCAAGUACUUUGUGUAUCUAACACGUGGCUGGGACAUGAACAUGGCAAAGUCCAUUGUGAAGCAUGAUGAAGACGUCUAUGACUCGGUGACCGGUUUGCAUCAGAAGACGCACUUUGGUCGCCCCAACUGGGAUCUCAUCCUGCCCAAGAUUGCACAGGAUCGCAAGGGGAAGAAGAUAGGGGUGUUUUUUUGUGGACCAAGUGCACUGUCAAGCGUCCUUCAUAAGGCCUGCAACCAGUAUUCCUCAUUAGAGGGGGCCAAGUUUUACUACAACAAGGAAAACUUCUAGUCUGGCUUCUCUACCAAGAACAACUUUUAGCCUUACUAUACAAGAGCUGUAUACAUUUUCCUUUUAAACUUUAAAAUAUGUUAUAAAUGUCAAGAGGGAUUACAGUUAUGAUCGUAUUGCUUUGUGUAACCAAUUGCAAGACAGCAUGGGCUUUGCAUUGUUCCCAUUGAAUAGUUAUAAAAUAAUUUUGUAAAAAUAAUUAUAAUACAUAUCUGUAAAAUAUAAUAACUAAUUUAAUAAAAAUAGUCUGUUUUUUUUAGCUCACCUGAGUUCAACUUGCUCAUGGUGAGUUGUUGUGAUCGCCUUUAAUCAAUUGUGUGUAUUGGGUCAUCUGCAAUGCCUCUUCCAUCGUCAACUUUUACCUUGUGGACACACUAGAGGCCACAUUUAUUGUUCAAUCUUCUUUAAAGUUUGUCAGACCAUGUGUCCCAAUGAUAUCUUGGGCCAGUUUGAAAAAGGUUUAGGUUGUUUGAAAAACAUGGCAGCCAGGGGGCUGGGCAGUUUUUCUUGUAUGGCUGUAGUAAAACUGUGUAACCACUUUAGAGUUAUUGUCCAAUCUUCAUUAAACUAAGUCAGAAAAGUUGUUCUUAUGAUAUCUUGGAUAAGAUAACAAUUGUUCUGGUCUGUUGGAAAACAUUGGCACCAUUGAAUGGGGCAUUUUUCAUUUUUUGGCUAUAAACUUGUUGACAAUCUAGAAGUCACAUUUUUCCUAAUGAAAUGUCGGCUGGGAUUGAAAAAGGGUCACGUAAUCUCAUAUAGUAGGUCACUCAGUCAAAAAAACAAACAACAUGUUAAUAAUCUAAAAGUCUUUUUUUUACGGAUCUUCAUGAUUCAGCUCGCACUUUCUCAGAAUAGUCUAUUUUCUUUGGAUUUCAGGUGAGCGUCUUGGGGCCCAUGGCCUUAUUUUAAUCUUUAUUAUUAUUUAAUUUCAAUUAUUUAAGCCUGCUCAACAUGUGUACCAUCUUUAAAUUUAAAUUUCUUCUCAUGAAAAGUCACUUUUUUGUUUUAUUCAUGUUUGUGAAAAUUGUUAAUGAGAGCGUAAUUUGUUGUUCCAAACAAAGUCAACAACAAGCAGUUACAAACCUCUUGUGAAAACAGUUGUAUGGUCACCUUAUAUUAAAUGAUGACCAGUCAAUUCAUUCCAGUGUUACUGUCAUUUCAUGCAUCGUUUAUUUCAGUAAUAUCAGUAGUUUCUUUGUAUUUUUGUUGAUGGGUCAUUAAACAACUGGUAGUAUUCAAGUUCUAAUACAUUGACAUUUACCGUUAUGAGUUGUGUAUUGGCCAGUAAAUAUUGAUCAUGUGAUUUUUUUUUUGAUUCUUAAGUUUCUUAAGUGAUGUGGUAAAUAUUUGAUUAAUCAAAAUCAGAUCCAUAAGAAUUUAAAUUACAAAUACAUGUAUAUACUAGAAUUGAAAUCAGAACUUUAUUUAAGAAUGUAUAAAUCUAUAUAACAUUGAAAUGAGAUUUAUGUUCAGGGUUCCCAGCCAACCUGGAAAUCAGGGAAAACCUGGAAAAAGACUUUCACUUUUUCCAGUCAGGGAAAAGUCAGGGAAUAAGGGAAAAGUUCCUGAAAUCAGGGAAAAAUCUGGGAAUUUUGUUUGGUCAGACUUUCCCGACUUGUGUCGAAAGUCCAUACAAUUAAAACAGCAAAUCAAUUCCUCUGCAUGGCUAUGGUGGCUUUGUAGUAUACAUGUAGCUUAGUUAUGCAUGCAACUGCUAUUUAUUUAGGGUGUCUAAAACAAGAAAUAUGUCGAAAUUAUGAUCCUGGAAUUUUAUUUUCCAUCAGGGAACAAUCAGGGAAUAAUCAGGGAAUUUUGUUCAUACAAAAAGCUGGGAACCCUGAUGUUUAAGAAUUGGAGUAUACUAAGUAUAGAAAUCCCUUCUAUAUUUAAGAAUUAAAUCUACAUUUAAGAGUAGGUAUCUGACAUAUAUUUAGAAGUUGAAAUCUUUAAUUUAAAAAAAACUGCAGUUUUUCAACAUACUUUGUUUUUUAAAUGUUUCACCAUGUUUAAUUUGAUUUUUGUUUAUUGUCUUUACAAAGAUGAAUACUUCUAGUUAUAUACUUUAUUGAUGUUGUCAAUCUCAUUAUAAUAUAUAAUAUUUUAUAAUUGUUGUUGCUCAAAUAUUUGACAGGUAUUGUGACCAAUGACUGGCUUGCUAACUUUGUGCUAACAUAGCCCAUUUGUUUUAUUAAAAACAAAAAACCUCUUACACAAAUUAACACAAUAAGGCUGCAUUAAAAUAUUGAAAUUCUUCCAUUUUGUUUCCAAAAUUGAAUUGUUUUUUUAAGAAGGCAAAUUUACCUACUCAUAUGCCAAAUUAUAUAACUGCAAUUAUAGCAAUGUUUUGAUGAAUCAGCGUUUAAUUGAUAUUUUCAGGUUAUUUCUAGUCAUGCUGUUAAGACAUAUCAGACAGUUUAUACGUUAAUAUUUUGUUGUUAAAUUGAUUUUGGCCUGUCUGUCAGUGUAUGUGUGUGUCUGUCCCAAAACUUUAACCGUUGUCAAAACUUUUUCAAUAUUGAAGAUAGCAACUUGAUAUUUGGCAUGCAUGUGUAUCUCAUGGAGCUGCACAUUUAGAGUGGUGACAGGUCAAAGUCAUCCUUCAAGAUCAAAGGUUAAAUAUAUGGGGGGCAUAGUGUUUCACAAACACUUCACUUGUUUCCUUUAAAAAGGAUGUGUUGCCUGUGUUAUUAAGAAUUGUAUUGAUGUAAGGUCCUUGCAGGUUAGUUGUUGCUGUGAAUCGUGCUUUCCAAAGUUAGAAACUGGUAAACUAUACAAAAAUUGGCUGGUCCAAAUUGUAUAUUUAGUAUGCAUAAUACACAGUUCUUAUUGUGAUAGCUGUAGUGCUUUUUGUGUGACAGUUUGUUUACAGGUGGCCAGAGACGCAACAUUUUCACAACUUAGUGAGUCUGUUAUUGAUUUUUAUUGAUAUUGAGUUUAUUUUUACUUUAUUAUGCCCCCCUUCGAAGAAGAGGGGGUGUAUUAUUUUGCACAUGUCGGUCCGUCCAUAUGUCCGUCCGUCCACCAGAUGGUUUCCGGAUGAUAACUCAAGAACGCUUAGGCCUAGGAUCAUGAAACUGCAUAGGUACAUUGAUCAUGACUCGCAGAUGACCCCUAUUGAUUUUGAGGUCACUAGGUCAAAGGACAAGGUCACGGUUACCCGAAAUAGUAAAAUGGUUUCCGGAUGAUAACUCAAGAAUGCUUAUGCCUAGGAUCAUGAAACUUCAUAGGUACAUUGAUCAUGACUCGCAGAUGACCCCUAUUGAUUUUCAGGUCAAAGGUCAAGGUCUAAGUGACCCGAAAUAGUAAAAUGGUUUCCAGAUGAUAACUCAAGAAUGCUUAUGCCUAGGAUCAUGAAACUUCAUAGGUACAUUGAUCAUGACUUGCAGAUGACCUCUAUUGAUUUUCAGGUCACUAGGUCAAAGGUCAAGGUGACCCGAAAUAGUUAAAUGGUUUGCAGAUGAUAACUCAAGAACGCUUAGGCCUAGGAUCAUGAAACUUCAUAGGUACAUUGAUCAUGACUCGCAGAUGACCCCUAUUGAUUUUCAAUCCACUAGGUCAAAGGUCAAGGUCACAGUGACCCGAUAUAGUAAAAUGGUUUCCGGAUGAUAACUCAAGAACGCUUAUGCCUAGGGUCAUGAAACUUCAUAGGUACAUUGAUCAUGACUCGCAGAUGACCCCUAUUGAUUUUCAGGUCACUAGGUCAAACGUUAAGGUCACGGUAACUCAACUUAGAAAAAUGGUUUCCGGAUGAUAACUCAAGAACGCUUACGCCUAGGAUCAUGAAACUUCAUAGGUACAUUAAUCAUGACUUGCAGAUGACCCCUAUUGAUUUUCAGGUCACUAGGUCAAAGGUCAAGGUCACAGUGACUUGACACAGUAAAAUGGUUCUGGAUAAUAACUCAAGAAAGCUUACGCCUAGGAUCAUGAAACUUCAUAGGUACAUUGAUCAUGACUCGCAGAUGACCCCUAUUGAUUUUCAGGUCACUAGGUCAAAGGUCGAGGUCACAGUGCCAAAAAACGUAUUCACACAAUGGCUGCCACUACAACUGACAGCCCAUAUGGGGGGCAUGCAUGUUUUACAAACAGCCCUUGUUAAGUUUGUUGUUUGCAAUAUUGUUUACACUGGCAUAAUAACAUUGAGAGAUACAAUUAUAUUGUAUAAGCAAAUACUCAUAAUAUAUAACAAAAGACAAUUUUGUGUUACUCUUACUUGAGUUAGAUAAGAAGUAUGUGCUUUUAAAAGUUUUUUUCUACUAUUUUAGAAUGUAUAAUGUGUAGAAUCCUUUGUAAUAAAUAAUCAUUGGACAAUCUACAUUACAACAAUGGUUGAACAGUUUCUGCAUGAUAAUAAAUCUUGUGGAAAUUGGUCAAAAUGAAUACAAAAACAGAACCAAAUAUUUGGUAAUCAUAGCAUGUUUGCUUUUGUAGAUACAGCUACAGAAUUAUCAUAUCGCACAUACGUGUAACAAUGUUUUAUUCUGUACAUUUUCACACAUAGUACGCGUGUGCCAUGUUGUAAUCCAUGUUUUACUUGUUAAUGUUAUAAUCAUUUUAAUGUUAAAAUACAAAUGGAAGCAGAUUGAUUAAGGCUGAAUUAACUACCCAACAAAGUAUUUUACAACAUUACAAAUAAUAAUGUCGACACGCUGAAUGAGUUGAUGCAUGUGGUAUAAUGUCUCCUUUAACCCUUUGCAUGCUGGGAAAUUUGUCGUCUGCAAAAAUGUCGUCUGCUGAAUUUCUAAAACUUGCAUUUUCUUUGAUUUUUUUCAAAGAAUACUAUCAGAAUAGCAAACAGUUUGGAUCCUGAUGAGAUCCAAACUGAUGGAUCCAAACUGUUUGCAAAGGCCGUCAAAAUUCGGUUCCAGCACUGAAAGGGUUAACUUGGUCCAUUAUCAAACUUUUUUCUGUACUUAUACAUAUCAUUAUGAUGUAUUUACUGCUUUUGCAACUGUUGUAUUAUAUUUUUCAAAGUUUAAAUUAAUAUAUAUCUUGAAUAAAUUUACCAGAAUCAUGUUUAUCAGUCCCUAAGAAAGUCCUCUUAGUAAUCUUAAUUAUGAUAAAAGGUGCUAAUCUACAGGCAAACGCUUAUUUGAUAGCCAUGUAUUGAAAUAAAACAUAAACUGUCAGGACGUUAUCGUUCACAAAAACAUUGUAAUGCUUUUAAUAAAAAACAGCAUAGAAGCUUGCUUAUGCCUGUUCUAUUGGGCUUAAAUAUAAUAAACUUGCCAGUCUCAUGCAAUUUUGUACUCGAGAUAAAUUUUUGAUGGACCAUAUCUUACAAUAUUUUUUCCAGGACCUCAUAAAGUUUUACAGGCUUUGUCUAAUCGUGAAGAGACUUUGCUGUAUAUUCAUAUUUUAUAAUCUUAUUUAUAAAAAAGGAACAAAUCAGCAUUAUGUGUAAACCAUGUAUAAAAAUUUGUUAUUAUUUUGCCAUUAGAUCUUUUUUGUAUAUACGAAGAAUUAUAUAGCAUAUAUGCAUUCUUAAAUAAUAAAGGAAACUAUUUUAUUUUAUUGUCAUUAUCUAAAUAUGUAUUCUUUAAUAAUAAAGGAAACUAUUUUACUUUAUUGUCAUUAUCUAAAUGCAAGGGCUAAAAGUGAUGCAUUGGUGAUGCUGUCUGUUCUUCAUGUAUAAUAAUUAUGGAUCAUAACAACCCUACAUCUAAUGCAUUAUUGUCCCCUACCGGUGAAACCGGAGGGAACUUUUGGUUUGCACUCCGUCUGUAAGUCGCUCACACUUUUCUGGAUCCUUCGAUAACUUUAAAAGUUCUUCAUAUUUUUUUCAUUAAACUUGAAACCUGGAUAGAUGGCAAUAUGGAUUAUGCAUGUCAUUUCAUUUUGUUCCUACGUCAAGAAUUCUGGUUGCUUUGGCAACAAAUAUAUAUAAAAAAUACUGACAAUAGUGGAGUUUCACCGGUAGGGGACCAUUUUGCUUGGCAAUCUCAUGUUCAAUAUGUCCCUAUGUAUAAAUUAUGUACAAAGGGCACCUGCGGGUAGUUUCUCCACAGUUAAUUUCUGUUUAAUAUACAUCUUGAUUUAUUGUCAAUGAAGCAAGAAGGCCAACAAGCCCCAGGUUGCUCUCCUGGGUAUUAUUCAUGUUCAAUAUGUGCAUUAAAAUACUUACUUUGCUUCACUCAUUUUCUUCUUUUGUGCUUCCGCUUAAAAACUUGUUAUUUUGCAUAUAGUCAAGUAGUACAAUGCUAAUCACACCAAUAUAACGCAAGUUUGAGUCCCAAAAUUGAUAGUUGUUUUAAUUCAGAAUUUAUAUUGUUUAAUUUGUUGUGGACAUUGUAUUUUUAUCUGUAAAUAUAUAUCUCAAUCUUC